AUGCCGCUGGCUCUACCUUCGUCAACCCCAUCUUUGGCGCCAACACCAGCGCUACUCCAGAGAAACGGCGUGCCACAAGGCGAGUUUAUCACUCGACUCAAGGCCGCAGGAAAAUUUAAGUCCACGUCCCUCAUCGUCGGCCUCAAACAAGGUCAAUCGCUAUUCCACGAGUCAACUGUCAAGCACGCCGACUCUCAACCCAUUAUCAAUGCCAUCAGGUUCAAGGUCUCCUUCCUAUUGGGAGACAACGCAGUCCUAACCUGGCUUAAAAGCAACGGCAGCGACGCCCCGUCCGCCAAUGCAAACUUACUGGCCAAAGCCACUGAGCUUAACAUCAAGUAG